CUCUUUCAACAAUGUCUCGAAGUCCGGACCAGAAAGUGUCGCCGGCCAGCAAACGUCCACUGCAGUGUUCUACUCCGUCGCUCUCUUCAUGACGGUCGGCUGUCUGGUGGGUACCAUCCUCAACGGACUGGCUGUCGUGGUGUUCGCCAGGACCAAGCAGCUCCGGACACCCACCAACGUCUUCGUCAUCGCCCUCUGCCUCUGCGACCUCCUCAUGUGUCUCAUCGGUAUGCCCAUCCCUGCAGUUUACGCCUGGCGUCAGCAGCAGAUCGAGAGCGCCGCGGUCUGCUCUUUCGACGCCUUCUCCGUGUACUUCGUGGGGCUCACGUCCAUCUACGUGUUGGCAGCCUCCGUUGACCGCUACGUCGUCAUCGUGCACCCCAUGUCGACGAACCUGGUGACACACCGCACCGCCUGCCUGGCCAUCGGCGCCUGCUGCGUCCUCGCCCUGGCCUUUGCCUUCAUGCCGCUGAUGGGCUGGAACGGCUACGUGCUCGAGGGCAUUGGUGUGGCGUGCAGCAUCAUCUGGGACUCCGACGAGAGGCACGCCAUCAGCUUCGUCUUCACCCUCUUCGUCUGCUGCCUUCUGAUACCACUGCUUGUCAUGACCUUCUGCUACAUUAGUCUGUAUAGAGCAAUCCGUGUUGUUGCCCGUACAUCGCCAUGGGGGCCCGAGAGCCACAUAGCUCAGAACAACCUGCGACUCGAACGCAAGAUGCUCAAAACGGUCGUCAUUAUGAUCGGUGCAUUUCUGUUAUCCUGGGCGCCGUACGCUGUGGUGUCGUUUCUUGGCACGCUGUAUGGUCAUCGCGUGCUGUCCCCGGUGGCCGAGACGUUUCCAGCGAUGGCGGCCAAGUGUUCGGCGCUGUGGGACCCUUUGAUCUACCUGGCUACCAACCAGCAGUUCCGCAGGGCCUGCCUCGUUUUAUGCCCCUCCUGCGUCACUUGCUUCAGGUGUCUGGACAGCAGUGACAGAGCUCCCUCCGUUACAGCUCUCGACGUUGAGUGCAGACCCCCCAACGCAGCAGGCAACAGAAGGGUGGAGGCUGCGCAGCACCUGCAGUUGCCUCAAAGGGCCGGUGACGUGGGAGAUUCCUCCGGCAUGACACUGGAGACCAGAAUGAGCAGCGAGCGCUCGGCGAUACAGUCCAUCGACUGCUACAGUGUCGCCAACAUUAAUGCAGCCUCGGGCGAGUUGCCUGCUACUGAGACUAAAAGAAACUGAGACGCGAGCUGACAACCAGAGCUGUAGGCCGCCUUUUUCACAGAAUGUUGGCACGUUACUCUUGCUUAAUGUGAUGUAAAUGCAAAGUUUGUAGCUCGAAACUCGCUUUGCCUCA